AUGGGAGUUGAUUCUGCAGUAUUUUGUGAGAAUGCUUCCGGAAAAAGUGGAUUUAUAAAAUUUGAUCCACUUUUUGAAGGGAAAUUAACUCCUGGAGUUUUCGGCACCUUGAUGCAAAAUUUUAUUCCUCGAGAGUUUUUAGGCAAACGAAUUCAACUAACAUGCUUAAUAAAAUACGUCGAUGUCACAGGCUGGGCUGGUCUGUGGAUGCGAGUUGAUACAAAAACAACUUCAACUAACGCUGAUAUGUCAGGCCAACCUCUUAAAGGUACCGGUGAUUGGAAAAAAUGUGAAUGUGUUUUAGAUGUUGAUCAAGACGCG